GGGAGUUUGUUUGUUUUCUUCCUUUGCAAAACGUCGUUUUUGCUUAAUUUGCUGAUCUAAAGUUUAAACCUAUGAUUUUUUCACAGAGUUGCAAAUAAUGCGAUCCGGGUUUGGAUUGUAGUUUUAAUCUUCAAGACUUAAAUUCGUCGAGUACGGUGAUGAGAAAGAUUGAUUCCAUUAAAGAUGAAUCUAAGAGACUUAGAUGUAGUUCUACUGACAAAAUUAACAUCUCAGCAAGUAGAUAAUGUUACAUGCUUAGAAUGUUGCAAGUAUUAUAUUGCACCUGAAACUGCUGCUUGUGGUCAUACAUUAUGUCACACCUGUUGGCGUGGAAGGCGCUCAUGUCCAUCUUGUGCAGCACCACUAGAAAAACGUUUAUUAAAACUGAACAUACCGAUGCAGACUCGUACAGAGCAUAUUCAUGCCCUUGGCGAAGCACUUGAAAAACUUUUUAACAUCAAAUUAGAUGAAUUUGCCUUGGAUGUUUCAAUCCCAGAGGUAGAAUCUUUAGAUAACAAUACAAAAAAUGUUAAAGACUGGUUAGCUAGCUCUCAAAAUCACUUCUCAGCACCAUUGAUAAAUUCAGAAACACUUUCUCAAGAGGUAAAUAAUCCUAUAGAGAUUUCAUCAAGUAAAAUUCAGAUACACAACAACACAAAAAAAAGUAUAAGUCCAAGUAAAGUUGUUUAUAUUCAACAAGUUCAAGAUGAUUGGGAUAAAAUAGAACAGCUGCCAGAUAUAGAUGAAAGAUCUAUCAAUAAAGAAAAUAUGGAUUCUAAAAAUAAAAAUAUUUUGUCUUUAAUUGACGAGAAUGAGUAUUCAUUAGAUAACCCCCGUAGAAGUUCAAGAAAAAGAGAUCUAAAUCAAACUGAGCCAACUAUUAAAGAUGAAUCUUUAGAAAAGUUGAACUCUAAAAAUUAUAGUGCAGAUACUGAUCAGAAAUCAAAUAAAAAUAAACAAAAUUGGAAUAACGUAAAAAGAAUGAGAAAAGAAUUUAGUAAGCUGAACAAACAGAAUAGAAACAAAUUAAAUGUAUCUAUAGAAAUGUGUAAAAAAGCUCAAAGUGCUAUCAGUAAAACUGACAUUGAACCGGAAAAAAAUACAGAAACAGCAUGUCUUCCACUUGAGUAUACAAUUGAAGACAACACACCCAUUGAUAUUGGUAUUAAAGAGAAACCAAAAGAUAAAGAGCAAAAAUGUCUGUCUGAAAUUCCUAAAAAUAAUCCAUCAAUGAAAGUUGCUCAUGAAAUUGAACAUAACAUUUCCAAAGACACUAUUUUACACAAGGAAAUUAAUCCACCAUCAUCAAGCAGUAAAAAUGAUAGUCUUAUAUCAGAAGGUAAUAUUAAUAAAGCUUUAAUAAGAUGUACACCAAAAACAUCUUUGGAAAAUAUUGAUGACAAUCUGAACAACAAAUCCACAAAAAUGAGUUUUAUAAAAAAAGGUAAUCUAUGUCCCAAACUUGAUGAAAGAACAAAUGCACAAACUGUCAACAUUGAUGAUGGAAUCAAUAAUGAUAAUGAAAAUUCAGAUGACAUAGAAAUCACUAUAAAAAUAGGCAAUACAUUAACAAAUAUUGUCAUCAAAAAGAAAACAAAUGAUGUUCAGUUAAAAGUAAAUACCGACAGAGAAGUACAAACAUCGCUUGGGGAAAAUUGUCUUGUCAAUAUAAAUAAUAAAUUUACUAAAUCACAAAAUGAUAAUCAACAAAAGACAGAAAAAAACUUGAAAAAUGACAAUGACGUGUCUACUAUCAAAUUACAAAGUAACAAUGCUAAAAUUCAUACUACUCAUGAACUAGUACAUAAAUCCCUCUCUACCAAAAAAAAUACAGCAUCAGCUGAAACUGCUACAGCUCAAUUUGAAAUAACAGAAAGUGUCGAAAAAGAGCUUUCUAAGAUAAUGGAGUGUGAUGAAAUCAUUAAAGUUAACAGGUUAUCUUAUAAAAAUGAAGAAUUCUGUUCCAAGAAUACAUUACAAUUGAGUUCUGUUACUAAACACGUUAACAAGAUUGCAAUUGAGAAUAAUAAUAAACAUGCUUUGAAUGAAACACAAAUCACAGAUGAUCUUGAAAUUUUUGAUUGUGACUCAAAUAGUGUCCCGAUUGUGGAUCAACUUAAAAAUUCUAAACAUGCGCCCUCUGAUAUAUUAAUGCCCACUGUAAAAAGUACCAAACAUACAAAUCAUCCUGAUAAAAGAGAUAGAGAAAUGGAUGAAGAUGAAACGCCAAAUCCUAAAAAGUUCAAGUUAACAACAGAAAAAUGUACAGAUGAAAAUUUACCUGAUCUUAUCAUAGAUGAAAAUAAUAAAAACAAAAUCGUUGAAAAUGAUUCCCUUAAUUAUGAUGUUGUGAUGGAUCAAGUGUUUGCAAGCAUUGAUGCUGAUAUACAAACAAGUGGAGAUGGCAUCAAAAAGCAAGAUAUGUUGUUAUCAAAAGAUGCUCCAGAAAUUUCAGAAAAUAAAAACAUAGUUGCUUCUGCAAAUGAAUCUCAAGCAAAAGGAUAUGCUGAUGAAAAAUUCAGUGAAAAUGUUUUUUCUAUUGUGGAAAAAGAUGUGGAUUCUCAUGAUUUGAUUAAUAAAGCAAUAAAUGAAGAUGGUUCUACACAACGUCAUAUUGAUAAUUUAUUAACUCCAAGAAUGUGUCAAGAUUUAGUUGCCACACAUGAAGAAAAUUUAAUACCUAAUAGGGAGAUUGGAAACAAAGAUAAUUGCACGCCCUAUCAGGAACAAGAUGACUCUGAUAGAAGUGUUGUGGAAGAAACACCACAAAAAAACAUCCCAUUCGCCAAACCUAAAGGCAAUAAUGAAAUAAACAUGCCAAGUUCAGAAAAAGGUAUCACGAAUGAUAACAGCGAUGCAAUUAAAACUAUUAUUAAUGUGUCAGACUCGAUAGAAGAUACAACUAAAAGUAACAAAGAUGUGACAAUCAUAGACUUUGACAAAAAGAAGCAAGCCCUGGAGACUCCGCUUACUAUAAACAGAUUUGUUGAUCACAUAAAACAUAAAUCCACACCAGUUGCAAGGAAAUCGCUCAAUUUUGAUAGUGAAAAUAUUGUAGAUGAUGAUGACCCUGAACAAACUUUGUGUCCUAGUUCAGUGAUAGCUAAAACUACACAAGAAAAAGAAUUCAUGUGUAAAGCUUUUGAAGAAACUCAAAAGUCACCAGUAAAAAAACCUCUUUUGACAAAAAAUACUAGAGUAAACGAUUUGAAAUACUGCAUAGCUGGUUCAUGUUUGUCUACUGCUGAAUUGAAUAAUGUUAAAUUGUUAUGUCGCAAACAUAAUUGGAAAUAUAUCGACAAGUAUUCAAAGGAACUAACUCAUUUAGUGGUGGGUGUAGAUGAAGAAAAUAAAUCACAAAGAUCUGUAAAAUAUAUGUGCGCUCUGGCAGCAUCAAAAUGGAUUGUAGCAUAUGAGUGGGUGGAAAACUGCCUAAAGACUAAUCUUAUUGUGGCAGAGAACCAAUUUGAAGCGUUGGAUGGCACUGGCGAACCGGGUCCGAAACGUUCACGUUUGGCCAAAAAGAAGUUAUUCCAAGGAAUCACUUUCUUCUGUAUGCCGCCUUUCAGCGUUUUGGAUAUCAAUACUUUGAAGGAAAUGUUAGCAGCAUCUGGCGGUCGAGUGGUGGAUGAAGCAAAAGCUGUGAAAGCUACCAGCGAUUCACCUGCAUUGUUACUUGCUGAACCAGAAAACACUCAAGAGGAUAGAUUUAUGUACCUCGCGUUGGAGUUAGGAAUAGUUCCAGUGAACUACGAGUGGGUGCUCAACUGUUUGGGAAGCUACACAUUAAGUUCUAUACACGAACUGCUACUGUGCCCGUCUGCUCUGCUACCUCAAGUUACUACUAAGUGGCCCUCCGUUUUGAUAUCCAAUGACAGUGAAUAACUAUAUAAGUUUGUCAUCUUUUUAUGUAGUAACUGUAAAUAUAAAUAUUGGAUGUUUAC